AUGCCAGAAGUUGCCGAGGCUCCUGUAUUUCCUGUGCUGAGGGGCAAAGUUGCCAUCAUCACAGGGGCUGCUCAGGGAAUGGGGAAGGCAACAGCUGCGAUAUUCCUCAAAGCUGGUGCUCAGGUUGUCAUUGCUGAUAUCCAGGCGGAGAAGGGCCAAACUGUGGCAGACGAGCUGGCCACAUUGGGAGAGAUCACAUUCAUGCAAUGCGACAUCUCCAGCUCUGAGCAGGUUCAGAGCCUCGUCUCGAAGACGGUCGCCAAGUAUGGAAAACUGGACUGCGCUGUCAACAACGCUGCUCUAACGCCCGACUCCACACCACUCGUGGAUUUUGACGAGCAAUACUGGAACAAGUUGAUGGGUAUUAACCUUUCGGGUACUGCGCUGUGCUGCAAAUACGAGAUGCAGCAAAUGAUCAAAGAUGGAAUCAAGGGAUCGAUCGUCAACAUUACAUCUAUCAAUGGUUUCAGACCUCAGCCCAGAAUGCCGGCAUACACAUCAGCGAAGCAUGCGUUGAUUGGCCUUACAAAACAUGCCGCGUCUGAAGGAGGUCCUCAUGGAAUCCGAAUAAACGCGAUUGCUCCAGGAGCAAUCUUUACGGAGAUGUCGGCAGCAGCGCUGGUGACCAUGAACACCACCGAAGAAGAGUUUUCUAAGAGAGUCAGCUAUCUUCAACGGUUCGCAAUGCCACAUGAAGUUGCACAAGGCUCUCUAUGGCUAUGCUCAGAUGCUUCCUCCUACGUGACAGGCAUUUCGCUACCUAUUGACGGUGGAUAUCUCGCUAUGUAG